UAUAAUUGAAUAUUGUCAUGUAAUGUGCAUGAAGAUUCUCACCUGAAGGAAAUCGUAGAAAAUUAAAAAAGGCUGCGUUAGAAUGGCUUUUUGGAAGGUUAUCCCACAUCCGUAAACUAAGUACGACAACAUAGCUUGAUGUUGAAUAUUUUCAUAAUAUUAACGUGCCGACUGUUGCCUAGGAUAUUCAAACGCCGUCAGUAAUGACGUAGGCUUUGUUUAUGUUUUCAUGGUGAUCUGCGCCACCUUAGUAAAAAUUUAUACAGGUUGGAUGCAAUGGUCAUCUUUUUACUGUGUAUCCACCGAGAUGCGAUUGAAGCAGCCACAGACGUAUCGCAGAUCGAGGUGCUAAGUGGUGAGCAACAGUGAAUGGUAGAAAGAAAGAAACCUCCCGCCAGCAAGACCAUUCACUGCCCUCAGUAUUUUGCAGGACUAGAUCGUGGCGAGACCGUAUAGUCACGUCGUCACCGAUCAGAUCGAUAAAAUGGAAACAGUGGCACGUGAACUCCUGCCUUACCGGGAUGUUAUCGGCAACAUUGCCGGCAUCUUGACCGUGGCCCAAUUUCUCAGCGGUUGUUUCACCUGUAACGAGAUUCGAAAAAAGGGCAGUUCCGAGGGUUUCUCACCAAUGCAGUUCGUUUUGGGAUGUGGCUUGACCGCUCUCCAGCUCAAAUAUUCUCAAAUGCUGGCGUCGGCCGUUCUGAUAAGAACAAGCGCUUAUGGACUGUCGAUCUGCAUAGUCUAUUCGGGAUGUUUCCUGUGGUUUACUCCAUCGGAUAGGAGAAGACCAUUUUUUACACUGGCUUCGAAGGUGUUUCUGUUAACUUCGGCCACGAUUUACUACGCAGGUGUCGAAGAUCCCCUCAAGGUGAAGGACCGGUUCGGACUGUUGAUAACCGUGCUGACGCUGGCUUAUAUUGCGCUACCGUUGACGAAAUUGGGUGAAGUAGUGCGGCAAAAAAGCAGCGCAGGACUGCCACUUCCCGUCAUCCUAACGACCACGUGUGCUUCGGUCCUUUGGCUUCUGUACGGAAUCAUUCUCAACAACUACUUCAUUAUCAUUCAAAAAGUGGUCGCGCUCGGAUUGUGCUUUCUGCAACUGUCGCUGUUUGUCAUCUACCCGGCAAAAACCAAGCGGGAAUAGUCACGUCGCAAUGGCAAAACAAUUUUCCGAUAUCGAAGUUUUUGGUUUUUUUUUAUUGGUCCUGGCUGACGGUUUCGGUCGAUUUGAUGGAUGAUGACUAGUUGGUUAUUGGCUGCCAUUCAUUUGGGUAGAUCUGAAAUAAAUUUUACAUAUCUGGAAUUCAGUGGUGUUUCAUAGUUCAAAUUGAUAUUCCUUUCAAACCGAAAAUGAUAGAAUAUUUGGUUAAUGUUUUCCAGAUUAUUUCUGUUCUUUAUGAAAUGUUUCUUUAAACCGUGUAGCAAAAAAAAAUCAUAUUGGAUUUGUCUGGAAGAGGAAGAUGCGAAAGUUAGACAGUACUUGGGUACAUAUAUGGCGACCGUUAAAAAUCACACGAAUAAUGUGUUCAACAUAAUAAAGUUCUACGGCACAACUA